AUGCCCGCUCUUCGGUCACGAGGUGGCGAAGCUUCACCUUCGCAGCAGAAACAGCGGUCAUUGCGUAGCCAGGCGCCGCCGAGGUCAUCUCAGGCUGGUGCGAGGACGACGCGAGCGGCAGCGGCAGCUUCUACCUCAUCAGCUGGGCCAUCGACGAGCAGAAAGAGGACGAGGAAGCAGUCCAGCGAGGGGGAGGAUGAAGAGAGCGGAAACAGCAAUGGCGAAGCUACGCCGCCUCCGCCUCGUCGGCCCACAGCAAAGAGGACCGGCGGUCCGCCAGGUAUCACCGCUGCUCGACGUCGUCCCUUCUACGCUGCUGCCCGGCAUGCCACGGCCGCAACCGACACAGAUGAGGAUGGAGACGACAAGUCGCCUUCUCCGACGCCCCCGAGAGCUACGAGGCGCUCGUCUGGCCGGCUCUCAGGCACAAAUGCGACGCCUGCAUCUUCGAGGACAACGCGCAGUCGUGCCAGACCCAGAACCAAUGACAACGCAGCCGCGACCAGGUCGCGGAUCAGUCGACGGACGAAUGUCAAAUACGACGACAGCGAAGAAGAGGAUGAGCUUAAAGAGCUAGAUGUCGAUGAUGAAGAGGAGGACGAAGAGGAUGGACCUAGCACUUCGAUGAGGACACUGCGCAGGUCGACUCGAGGAGGUGAUACAAGGCAAUCAAGAGCCGGGAAGACAAAGCUCAAUGCCCCGAGCAGGACUUUGCGAGGCACCAGGUCUGCUCAAGAGCUGAGCGAAGAGGACGACAGCCAGUCGGACGACGACAAAGACGACGACGACGAACCUGUCACUCAACGCACCAUGCGAAGCAACAACGGCAAAGCACGUCGAGCAUCAAUGCGUCCCUCGCCGCCGGCCGUCACUAGGCGAGGUCUACGAGCCAGUAGACCCAGACUUUCGACCUUCUCUAUCAUACCAACGCCGCCGAAACGCCUAGCACUCGAUGGCGAGGACGAGGGCGAUGACGAAGAUGAAGAUGAUCGCCUCGUAGCAUCUACCACCAACGGAGUCAGAAAGCCGCCUGCCAGGCGAAAUGUCCAGCGCGUGCGAUACCGUCUUGACAGAAGCGAAGAAGAAGAGGAACGAGGCGUUGGAUCGAGCGAUGACAAUGAGAUGACGAGCGACGAAGAUGCUCUUCAAAGACGCCGCCAAUCGCAGACCACCAGGAGCACUCGCAAUCGCCAGACAGCUCUCAGGACCGAAUCACGCCGUGCUCACACGUCCUCGGCAUCCUCAUCUUCAUCAUCCUCCGAGGUAGAGGUGAUCGCAACGGCAAGGAAAGUGGCUUCCCGACAACCAGCUCGCAAGGCUGACAAGGCCCAGCCAAGAUCACAGCCAGCUCGCACUCGCCAGCGCAGGGAGCGACUCAACAUACUCGACACUGCAGCAGACGAAGAGCUGGAUGAGAACAGCAGUAGCGAGACCAGCGAGGGAUUGUCCGAGUCGCUGAAUGGCAAGCGCAGCAAAGCAACACAGUCCCGAGCACGCAGGAUGCUCGAUCGCAUCGAGAUGAGCGAUGAGGACUCCUCUAGCGACGCGAGCAGCUCGAGCGGAUCAUCGACAAGCGAUAGUGACGAAAUUGAGAGCAGCCAGUCGGAGGAGGAGCAGGAGGAGGUCGACCCUGCCGAGCCUGUUGACAUCGACGACAGCGAGCUGCAACCCUUCAGCAGCAUCUCGCUUCCGACAAUGCCCGCUGACGAGGACGCCGAGUUCGUCGACAUGGUGAGCGAAUUCGCAGGCUCGAUGUCAGAGCCAGAGUCAGAGCAGCGCUUCACAUCGCGCGGCCGUAGAGUGCACAAGAGGAGGCGUUUGGGCGUCGAGUCUGACGAGGAGCGGACGAGACGCAAACAACGCGCGUCGAUUGUGGCCAUUUCUUCCGACUCUGAGGACGUCACAGCCAUCAGCGACGACGAUGGACGAUACGCCCUCAGUGAGGACAAGAUCGACGACGCCACGCAGCACCACUUUGAUACUUGCUACAGCUGCGGCGACAGGCCUGGCUGGCUGCAAUUCACUGCCCUCAAGCAGAUGCGCUCACGCCUCCGCAAGCAGCAAAUGAAGCAGGAGAGGAGAAAUCGCAAGAAGAGGAGGCGCAUGCGCAGGGGCGACGGCUCACGCAGCUAUCGCGCUGGCGGACGAUAUGACGAAGGAGCAUUUGAGGAUCUGCAUGCUCUAGGAGUGGCUCAGAGCGCCCUUCACGACCGCUUCCAGGACAUCAAGACCAAGGCUGCCUGGCUUCGCUGCUCGACAUGCUCUGCCUCGAUUCACACGGGGUGUUUGGCCGAAACAGACCCCGCAAGACUCGUUCGUGAGAUCAAUCGCGACGCCACAGCUGUACACCGCGUACUCAAUCUUGAGGGCCCGCCGCCAAAGACCCGUACCGAGUUGCAGCCGAGCGACGUUGUAGAAGGCUUGCAGUGCUCGCUGUGCGCUGAGGCCGACUGGAUGUGCAUGAUCUGCGCCGGCAAAUGCGUGCAAAAGCCGUCCAGGAUCCCGUCAUCUGAGCCGAUGGUGACCGCUUUUCGAUGCAAGCGCUGCUCGCGAGCUGCUCACUACACCUGCCUCGAGGGUGUUACAGGCGAGGAAUCUACGCAAGAGGCUGCCCUCUCUCGACAGAAGGCAGGCUGGCGAUGCCUCGACUGCGAGUCAUGGGGCGACGUCGACGUCAUUCUAGCAUGGCGUCCUUUGCGCAACCCCGCCGAGCCUGAUGGUACUCCCGAGCCCAAGGAGAGUUGGCAGAAGCUGCACAAGGUCAGCGAAGAUCUCAAGCGCGAGUACCUCGUCAAGUUCAAGCACACGUCCUUCAAAGAGACGCAGUGGGUGCCGCAUCUGUGGCUCAGGUCUGUCGCAAUGAUCAAUCUGCGACACUUUCUCUCGCAUGGCAGUCGACUGGAACUCGAUCCCAGCGCAACGGCGAGCAGCAAGAAAAAGGAGGAUGAGGAGCAGACUGCGACUGUACAAGAAUUGGAGCAGCAACGCAAGCAGCGUCGACGCAGCAAGCGCCUUCAGCUCGCUCUUACUGUCUCCCGCGAGACUGGAGAGGUUAUGCGAGGUCCGCCAGCUCCUGAGUCAGACGCUCAGGAGCGCAUCCCAAAGACGUGGGUCACCCCUGAUCGCAUCCUCGACGUAUACCUCUCCGUCUCUGCCGUCUCUGCUGCCGAUCUCUUGGACCCAGCAGAAUGCGAGAUGUUCCACCGACGACCGCGCAAGAUCACCAAGAUCGGGCAGGGCGCAGGCAUCUCUGCUCGCAAAGAUCAGCUGGAGCAGAGCACCGAGCACAUCCACAUCAGCAAGGUAAAUCAAGAUGUUCUGGAGGGCUUGUCCGAGGGGAGGAUGUUUGACCUGCUGCAGGACGCCAAGGUGCUCAUCAAGUGGGAGGACCUCGAGUACGAGCAGUCUACCUGGGAAGAGAGCGUCAGCCCCGUCUCGUACGGCGAACGGUGGCGCUCCUUUGUCAGCGCAUUCCGUCGCUACUUGCACUCGCGCAAAGUCUACGUCAAGCAAAUGACUAGCCAAGACCUGGCCACGCUCGACCGUCAGCGCAGUCGUAGCCGGUUCGAGAGCAUAGAAUCCCAGCCUACGUACAUCAAGGGCGGCAAGAUGCUCGACUUUCAGAUCGAGGGGCUCAAUUGGCUGCGGUACAGCUGGCAUGUCAGGCAGCCAGGAAUCCUGGCCGACGAGAUGGGACUGGGCAAGACUGUGCAGGUCAUUGCCUUCAUUGCGUCGCUGCACCAUCAGUUCGGUGGACUGGCACCCUACCUCGUCGUUGUGCCCAACAGCGUCGUCACGAAUUGGGUACGAGAGUUUGAGCACUGGUGCCCGCACCUCCGCGUCGUGCCCUACUUUGGCGGACGAGAGUCGCGCGGCGUCAUCGAGCGCUUCGAGAUGUUUCACCUUGAGUCGAUCAAGGGUCGCCAAGACCUGAGAGCAGAGGUUAUCGUCUGCUCAGACACCGUCGCUCGCCUUGACCCUGCACCGUUUCGCCGCGUUCAGCAGUGGCAGGUGCUCGUGGUCGAUGAGGGCACCAACCUCAAGAGCGGGUCUUCCAUUCUCAUCUACAAACGUCUCGCUGCUCUCAAUGCAGCGCACCGACUCAUCAUGACUGGCACACCGCUCAACAAUAACAUUGGGGAGCUCUUCAAUCUGCUCAACUGGCUCAAGCCCGACGCCGAAUGGAAAGACCUCAAGAGCCUGCGCGCCAAGUACGAGACCCUGACCCCGGAGCUCAUCGCGGAGUUGCAGCCACUGCUUCGCCCGUACAUCCUCCGUCGACUCAAGAAGGACGUCGUCAAUCUGCCGCCUCGAUCUGAAAUCCUCAUCCCUGUCUCGCUCACCCCGCUGCAAAAGCGCGUCUACAAGGACGUGCUGGAGCGCAAUGUCGAGGAUAUCCAGACUUUGACCGACCUGCGUGGCAAGAGGCAACAGAAGUACCACAUUGGCAACCUGCUCAACGUCCUCAUGCAGCUACGCAAGGUUUGUCAGCACCCUUACCUUGUAGCUCCGACGCUCGAGAACUUCGAAGGAGCCAACAUCAAUUGGAAGCUGGAGGCUCAGCGCCUGGUGGAUGCCAGUGCCAAGCUCAAGCUGCUCCAGAAGAUGCUGCCCAUUCUCAAAGAUCGUGGACAUCGCGUGCUCAUCUUCUCGCAGUUCGUCAUCUAUCUGGACAUCGUCGAGUCCUUCCUGCUCAAUGAGGGCAACUACAAGUACCAGCGGCUGGACGGCAGCAUCGGCAAUCGACAGCGUCAGCAGGGCAUUUCUGCGUUCAACGCUCCCGGCUCAGACCUCUUUUGCUACCUUCUCAGCACCCGAGCAGGUGGUGUUGGCAUCAACCUUGCCAGCGCAGACACGGUCAUCAUCCUGGACCAGGACUUCAAUCCUCACCUCGACAUGCAGGCCAUCGCUCGCGCGCAUCGUAUCGGGCAGAAAAAGAAGGUCAUUGUCUUUACGUUGGUGACGCAAGACACGGCGGAGGAGAAGAUCGUCACCAUGGCGCGCAAGAAGCUGGCCCUCGAUCACAUCAUCCACAAUAUGGACGACGAGGAGAAUCGCAUCGAGUCGCUGCAGGAUGUGCUGCGAUACGGCGCUCGAGCGCUCUUUCAGGCUCGCGGGACGGAGGCGUCACGCAAAGACAUCCGCUUCACCGAUGCCGAUGUAGAAAAGCUAGUGACCGACUGCGAGAACGGAGAGGAUGUAACCCAACAGGGCGGCGGGGCGACGAGUUUGCUCUCCUUUGCAAAGGUAUGGGAGCGCGAUGAGGCGGAUGAGGCGGAGGAGCCGAGUGAUCCGACGGCAGACAUGGCUGAAGAAGGCUUCUGGGCAUCGCUCCUCGAACGUACCCGAGCUCAACAAGAAGCACGUCAAGAGGCUGAGGAACAGAUCGUUGGUCGCGGCGGACAGCGCAAAGCUAAGCUGCAAGCCAUGGGUCUGGCUCCUGCCAACUUCCCAGGUCUCCGCGUCGGCGAUGAUGAGAGCGAGGACGAGGCAGAGGUUGAGCAGAGCGCCCAACUCCAGGGUCAAAGCCAAGGUGCACAGGAGCCGACGUUCGACUCAACAUUUGACGACGGCCCUGACUUUACGAUCGAAACGAACAAUGGUACAAUGUCCUCAUCAGGCACUUCAGACGAGGGGACACCAGAGCGCGAUGGCAUCACUCCACCAGCAUCUGCGGCACCAGCUCCACCCAUUAAGCGCGGGCGAGGAAGGCCUCGCAAAAACCCAUUGCCUCCAGAGCAGCCGCCGACGCUUCUGGACCUUGCCUUCAGCAACACCUCGCGUCGACUCAAGGUGCCGAAGCCUCCAAAAGAACCGAAACCUCGCGGUCGUCCUCGCAAGCAAAAGGUGCCCGCGCAGCCAGGAGCUCAGCCCUCGAUGAACAGCGGCAGUGGCAGCGAGCCUGUAGAGACGAACAUUUAUAACCGUAUCGCCGAAGUGACGGACCCUGCUGUAGCUCGCGAGAUGGCCUUUACCAACUUCCCAGGCAGGCCGGAGCUGGCCAUGGCUCUGUUCCGUGCGUGGUCCGAUAUCAUUCAGAAGAGGACGGGCACCAACCCGAUGGCAAAGAGGCACAAUGUCGAUGCUGCUGCGGCUAGAACCGCCGCUCAGGCUGCUUCUAUGUCGGCCUUGCCACCUGUAGCUCGUCUGGCAGAUCCCGAAAGCGGAGGAGGACAGCUUACGACCCCGGCAAAGCGGCGCCGUGGUCGACCCAAAAAGAACCAGGCCCCUCCCGCGGCGUCUGUCGCAGGCACACAACCGUCUGGCGACUCGGCAUCAUCUCUUCCUCGACCACGCCCUCGUCCUUCGGUGCAAGCUGCCACGGGAGAUGCACCAACUGCUCCUUCCCAUCCGCCUGGACCAGCAUCGGCUGUCGGCUCAGAGCAACCAUCGACAUCGACGGCCACUGCGUCUUCGUCCUCGCUAGACUCAAGCAAGUACAUGCACUCGCGUCGCUCGGUCACCGAGCUCAAAAAGAUGCUGCGUGACCUGCCUGAAGACUUCGUUGAGCAGGUCCGUGCUCGUCACAUCGCCAAAGGCCCUCCUGCUCCUCUUCUCGUGCAUGCCGGUCGCUCUCAACUCACGACGCAGCACAUGGCCUACUUCUCGCUUCGUGUUCUGCGCUCCAUCACUGGAGUGCAUCCCCUCUUUCACGAUGCCUUUACACUGGUCCAGUCCGAGCAGGUACCGCCGACAUUGCGCGCUCAGCCAUUCGAGGGCGCAGAGAUGCUCUCGACGCCCAUUAUCACGGAGCGAUUGGUGGAGACGGCGUAUUAUUUCUUCGCCCAGCUAUGGGCCGUAGAGGGCGGUGCUCCUCCCACGACGGCGACAGGACAUCCCUCUGCAGCUCCGCCUGCUGCCAAGAAGGCAGCGCCCAAGAAGCCGAGGCAGUCCAAGGCGGCAAAGGCAGCUCAAGCUCAGACGGCCAGCUCUACACGCACAUCUUCUCAGCAGCAGCAAGAGAGCAACGUGCCGCAGCCUCAGGCCAAUCAAUUUGCAGCUGCCGUAACUAGCCGUGCGGGCCCGAUCUCAGCUCCAUCGCCCAUGACUGUCGACUCGGUCCUGAAUCAUGGCGGCGAGAACGUCGGACGCUACGGGCAGCAGCAAUACCAGCAGCACGAUCAGCGCAAUGAACGUCGUCCCGCCGUCGAGGCUGGACACUCCAACUCGUACCUGUACCACGGCGGGCCUUCGACACCGGGUGCCGCAGGCUUCGGUCAUUUGCAGGCAGCUCAGUCCUACGGCUCGAAUGCCUGGGCGUCCGGUGGUGACAAUGGCGCGGCAUCGUCGAUGGGUCCACCCUCAUCGCAACGUCGCGGUCGCCACACCAGCAGCGCUCAGGCAGCAGGUCAGGCUUUCUCAUCGCCAGCAUCGUGGAGCGGCAGCGCUUCUCGACCCAGCGGCAACGCGUCUUCGAGCAACAACUUCAGCAACUUCUCUCAGACGGCCUCGGACGCGUCGUCGAUGCAACUCGACCACACUACUGCCCAAGCGGAUAGCUCCAGUAGCAACGACCAGCAGCUAGCACUCUACUGGUUGGAAAGCAUUGACUCGCUCAACCUUGCCGGCUUGUCCAAAGCUGCUCGUAUGUGGCUCAUACACCCAACGGGCCAUCAGAGGGAUGUGAUGGGGGCGGAAAUCAACUCGAGGUUGGCGACCGAGUUGGACAGGAGGAGGAGAUUGGGGCAGGGGGUCCCUGACUUCUUUCGCUGA